CUGCCGCGCACGAAGACCGUGCUGCUUAAUAAAGCUCAAACUCAGGUCGUUUGUGUACCUUCGGGAAAGACUAGGAAACAAUUACUACGUUUAAAGUUUUCGUUAUGGAUCCAUUAUCAGUGCUGGUUAAUAUUUGCUUUUCUUAGGAUGCUUUUUAAACCACACGUCCAGAUAAAAAAGGGGCUUAAUUGCUAUUUUCGUCGAACUAAAAAGACUGAUUUGUUCUGAUCCGACAUCGGUGAUCGUUUACGAAUCCCCACCAAGGCAACACAACGACUGUCUGGGCCCUUUUGGAUUAUUUUCUUUGAAGAAGAUUCUGCUUAGUCUUCCGCGCGUUGGGCAGUCUGUUGCUGAAGUUACCCGGCAAUACGGUGCAGCCACGCUGGGAAGCAUUCCCAGCGACGGCCGCUCUCUCUGGCUAGCUUACAGGCUGCUUCUGUUUCUUCGACCGAGGCCUUGGCGGUGAGGCGACAAUGCUCGACAUAAUGUCUGAUCACCAAGAACAAGACGCCGUGACUAACUUGGUGCUGUUUAUUUUUUCUCAACCAGAUUCUCUUUUGACAUGCAAAACAGAACCUCUGCCCCCGGAGAAGAAAAAGAGAACCGUGGAGGACUUUAAUAAGUUCUGCAGCUUUGUCCUGGCUUAUGCUGGGUACAUCCCAAGCCCCAAAGAGGAAAGUUCCUGGUCCCCAACUUCAUCCAGCUCCGCCCACAGUUCCGGACUGUCAGCAGAUGGAGGCGUUGGAGGCAGCAGUUCGAUGAGCAACACAUGGGGCGACGGCACCUCUGACAUUCACACCAUCCACACGUUUGUGCGCAAAGCCCGAGCAAACAAGGGGAAGAACAUCCCCCGCAUGCACUCUGAUAGCACGCUGCUGGAUAAGAUGCGCCUUAAGGACUCCCUGUACGAGAGCCAGGUCAGCGCAAAGGGGGAGCGCAAGAAGGACAAAAAGCUGAAGAAGCUGUCGCUGGGUUCGUCCACGACGACAGCGGCAGACAGUGGCAGCAGCGAGAGCGAGAAAAGGGCCCGCAUCAAACGCAGCAAGAACUCCUCAAAGCAGCCAAAAGUCAAGAAGCUCAAAAGCUCGGCGGCUCAAAGCGAGACGGACUCUGAGGAAAAGACUACGCACUCUGAGGGGCGCGUCGUCCGGGAGGAGUUCGCCACGCACGAGGGCUCCACCCCCACCGCACAGGGGCUGGGGAAGAUGCAGGCGGACGAAUCCACCAGGGAAGCAGAGAUGAGCUCCAGUGAAGGCGAAACGUGGAUCGCAGACGAAGACAUUAUGGUAGAGUCAGGCGACGAUUCGUGGGACUUGAUCACGUGUUACUGCGGGAAGCCGUUCGCCGGCCGGCCGAUGAUCGAGUGCAACCAGUGCGGCAUUUGGGUGCAUUUGUCGUGCGCGAAGAUCAAAAAGUCAAACGUUCCCGACAUCUUCUACUGCCAAAAGUGCAGAGACUUGCGGCGGUCGGGACACAAAAAAGACACAUAAAGAUGAAGAAACUUUCAUUCGGAGACACAAAGAACUCCUGUUUUUGUUUUGUUUCCUUUACCCCCCCCCCCCACCCUGUUCUCUGACACCUACUAAACUCUGAUGCCUACAGCCAAAACCGCCUGAACUAUCUCAAGAGCAUCACCAGUUGGUUUGAAACGUUUCCUUUGACAAUCGCUACCAUUAUUUAUCCCUGCCAUCUUGUUUUGAAUUUGUUUCUUUCCGACUGUGAAGUACUGCAUAGAGGGGAACCGUACCGGGUAUGAGUCCUUUUAAAAACAUGUUACUCCAGCAUCUCUUGUCCUGAUUCGUAAUGUAUUGCACUGGUGAUGUGCAAAUGUUUUUAAAGCAUUUCAUCAAGGGGGGACAACUUGACUUGACACUCGUUCUCAGUUCGAUCGCCAUUUCUUCACCUCAAAUCAAUGCAAGGUUGACUCUGGAAGGCGGAGGUCCCGUUUUGUUCAGACUACGGCUCGAUGGGCAGCUCGUGUUAUUAUUAAUAUUAUAAUAAUUUCUUUUUGUGAUUCUUUAACGUUUCUGUCGGUGGACUCCACUGAAGUUGUAAAGUUAAGGAGGUGAUUAAAUCCAUGCAUUGGUGUAGCUUAGUUUCAAGUUACACGUCAAUAAUUUCAGCGGUGCACUUUGAUUUAAGAAAAUAAAUAAAAUAAAAACAGUUUCUGCUUCAUAUAAUUGGAGAAUGGGAGCUACAGUUGAUGCAAAUCUCUACCUGGCUGCGUUUUUUUUGUUUUUGUUAAAUCGUUGGGUUCAUUAGUUAUUUACCACGAGCAUUUAUUUUGAAAGGUCGUUGGACGUGUCAAGUCAUUUUAUACGAAAGGUUGCUGUUCGCAGUGUUUUUUUUUGUUGUUUUUCAUUUCUAGCGCUGAGGUUCGUUGUAGAAAAAAGAAAAGGUGUUUUACAUUUUCUUGUAAAUUUCCGAACUUUCGGGUUUAGAGGUGCACCGCAUGCCGGGAAGGAUGAAGAGCUCGGCUGUACAGAAAAACAAACGUUGAGGCUACGUAGGCUGUGGCGUUCCUUUGCUUUAUACCAUGUGCUUUUUUGUUUUGUUUUCUUUCCUUCUUUUACGUUUUGUGGGAGAGUCCUUGCGAGUUUUCCGUAGCGGUUGCACUCCCCUGUACGAGUUCUGUGUACAUAUCCUUUUUUUUUUCUUUAACAUCUGUACAUAUGUGAAAGUGAAGAGAGAAUACCCAAGCAAAUUCUAUAUUUUCUGCAGUCAGAUAUUGUUUUCUUUAAUUGUAGCUUGAAAAAUAAAAUCCUUUGGAACCACAAA